AUGCGUUCGGGAUUUCUGCACGAAGCAGAGCCGCCGGCUCUGGAUCCUGCAGAUGCGGUGUGGCGACGUCUCAGUUCAGUUGAGCAGCAACGAUACUUUCUUCAUCGCAUCGUGCUGCACACUUUUGCGCAGAAACCCUUAAGGAUACCGACGGAAAUACUCGAACACAACUCAGGACAAAGUGGCGUUCAUGAGUGGCAAGGACCGGUCGCCAGUUUCCUGCGACUGCUCCGUCGACUCUGUCACGGCCUCCGGUGGGAACACCGCGGUGCCGAGCGCUCAGUCGUCGUUCUCCACCCUGGUGUGUACGUUGGCUGUGUUGCCGACGAACACACUGUCGACGACGUGCCUCUCAUCGUGCACCGUUGCGACGACCUGGGCGCUUACUCGGUGACGGUGCUGCUGGAGCCCUUGCUGGUGCUGGCCCCGUUCGGGAAGCAGGUGACACGAGUGCGCUUUCGCAAGGCCGUCACCGAGAACAGCAGCCCAGAGACCAUCGAUGCGUUUAUGCACGUCACACUCCCGCUGGCACAGGCGCUUCUCGGAACGGAUUCGUGGUCAGAGCUGGCACCUUGCCGGGCGCUUCGGGUCCAGCUACUUCGACGGGAUGUGCCUCAAAGCGGCUCCGAUACGCAGAGGAUGCACGCACCACGCGGCGUUGUUCUGUUCGAGUGUCCAGUAUUGAAGACGGGGCUGCACUGGGAGACGCUUCGUGAGACGCUGGCGAGGGGCUCGUUCCCACAUGGACGCAGCGUUAUUCAGCGGCUGGGCGGGGUGGUGUCCACGGCAGGUGUUGCGCCAACGUGGGGUCUGCGCCUCAUCAGCAUGUCGCGUUCGCAUUUCGAGCGCUGGUUGAGCGACGUGUACAUAAGCGCCGUUCGAGUGCCGAAAUCACGGACACCCAUGUGCAGUCUGACAGUAUGGGCGGAGAGCGCUGACAACUGCGCCUACGUUGCGAACACGAGCUGGUUUGAGGACUUGGAUACUUUCUCGAAUGAGCGCCGGGACCUACUCGGUUUUGCCGCCUUAGAAAAGAUAUUUUACAGCAAACUGCUUCCUCGUCUACGGCGGCGUAUUCGGAAUGCUGGACGCGCGGAUACGCAGCAUCACCCCCUGUUGCUGUGGUUCAUGGCAAUGGCACCUCCGAAGGGGCCACUUCAGACGUGCCUCGGGGCAGAGGUAGCGCUGCCAAGCCACCUACUUAUACAGGAUUUGGAGCAUGUGCUUGGUGUGCGGUUUCAUCUGCAACAAGACCAGAAAACUACGCUCUGGUGGUUAUGCUGCCAAGGUUUGGGUUACCAGAACUGGAGCCGCGUUCGCCAUUAG